UUUGGAUUCCGCCAGUUGAUCGACAGCGUUCAUUGAACGAGUGUGUUGUGUUGAAAGUGAUUUUACAACAAUAAUAAACUUGUAUAGCUAACCAUUGGAAUAAAUAUGGAUAAUAUCGAGGACUUUUUGCCAGAGAAAAAAGAUACAAGUUUAAUAUUUUUUGUAAACGGUAAAAAGGUGGUUGAGCCACAGCCAGACCCAGAAUGGACCCUGUUAUGGUAUUUGCGAAGAAAACUGCACCUGACUGGAACGAAGUAUGGGUGCGGCGAAGGCGGUUGCGGGGCCUGCACGGUUAUGGUGUCGCAAUAUUUGCAGGACGAAGAUCGAAUCAAACAUUAUUCGGUUAACGCGUGUCUAAUGCCUUUGUGCACAGUACAUGGCAUGGCAAUCACAACUGUGGAAGGUAUAGGCUCGACUCAGGAUAAAUUGCACCCAGUUCAAGAAAGGAUAGCAAAAGCACACGGAUCUCAAUGUGGUUUUUGUACACCAGGAAUAGUUAUGUCGAUGUAUACUUUAUUAAGGAACAAAAAUAAAAUUGAUUUCAGUGACAUUGACACGGCUUUGCAGGGUAAUCUUUGUAGGUGCACCGGUUAUAGACCUAUUAUAGAAGGCUUUAAAACAUUUUUGGAGGAAUGGGAACAUCAGUACAAUGGAAAACUAGAUGCCAAUGGUGAUUCCAAAUCACCGUGUAUGAUGGGUGAAGAUUGCUGUCGACUUAAGAAUGCGGAUAGUCAAGAAAAAGAAACGUUGUUUGAUAAAUCAGAAUUUAAACCAUACAGUCCCACACAAGAGCCGAUAUUUCCCCCUGAAUUAAAAAUUAAUAACAAAGAAUACGUCUCUAGUCUAACAUAUUUCAAAGGACCAAAUAUAGCAUGGGUUCGACCUUUUAAAUUAGAGGAACUUCUUUUACUAAAGAAACAGUAUCCGUUUAGUAAAAUUGUAGCUGGGAAUACUGAAAUUGGAGUUGAAGUUAAAUUUAAAAAGAUGGUAUAUCCCAUUUUAAUAUCGCCAAUUAUAAUAAAAGAACUGAACACUAUUCAAGUUACUAGUAGUGGUAUACAAGUUGGCGCUACCGUUACUCUGAGUGAUUUAGUAAAGUUUUUGGAUAACUUUAUAAAGGAGAAUGAUACUAAAGGGAAAGUUCUCGAAGCUAUAAAAGAUAUGCUUCAUUGGUUUGCAGGCACUCAAAUUCGCAAUACAGCAUCAUUAGUCGGAAAUAUUGUCACAGCAAGUCCAAUUUCUGACUUAAAUCCAAUUUUAAUGGCUAGUGCAGCUACACUUACGGUCAAAAGUUUAGAGCGUGGAGAGAGAAAACUGACGAUUGAUUCCAAUUUCUUCAAAGGUUAUAGAAAAGUUGCAAUAGAAGAAGACGAGAUAGUAUUAUUUGUAGAAAUACCUUUUACAGGUAACGAUCAAUUUGUUAAGGCAUACAAACAAGCUAAGCGACGAGAAGAUGAUAUUUCAAUCGUAACGGCAGCAUUUAAUGUUCAGUUUGAAAAAAAUAAUUUAAUUGUAUCCGAUGCCAAGUUAUGUUUUGGAGGAAUGGCUCCAACCACUGUUUGUGCUACCAAAACAUCUUUAUUAAUGAAAGGGAAACAUUGGGACCAAUCACUUUUAAAAUCAGUAUUUGACUCUUUGACGGAAGAGUUUAAAUUAAAUAGUUCUGUACCAGGAGGUAUGCCAGAAUAUAGAAAAUCGUUGUGUCUUAGUCUCUUUUUCCGAUUUUAUUUGCAUAUUUUACAAAUACGAAGCUUGAACGGUACAAGGCCCAGUAAUUACGAACUAUCUGGUAGUUAUCAAAUACCUGCACUGCAGCCAAAGAGCUCUCAAUGUUUUGAAAUCAAAAAUAAUGAAAGGACCACAUAUGAUGCUGUUGGAAAGCCAAUUGUUCAUAUGUCAGCUUUUAAACAAGCUACAGGCGAAGCAAUAUAUUGUGAUGAUCUUCCGACUCUGGAAGAAGAGUUAUACUUAACAUUAAUUUACAGCGCAGAAUCUCAUGCAAAAAUUAAAUCAAUUGAUGCAAGCAAAGCACUAGCUGUGCCGGGUGUUGUAGCGUUUUUUUCAGCGGCAGAUAUACCAAAAGAGCGUAAUAAGAUGGGUCCAAUUCUAAAAGACGAAGAAGUAUUCGUAAGUGAUGUAGUGACUAGCAAAUCUUGUAUCGUGGGAGCUAUAGUUGCUAAGACUGAACAAAUUGCACGAAGAGCGAAAAAUCUGGUGAUGGUUUCGUAUGAAAAAAUAGAACCAGUCGUAGUAACAAUUGAAGAUGCAAUUGCUCAUGAUUCAUAUUAUCCAAAUACUUAUAGACAACUGGUACACGGCGAUGUACAAGAAGCUUUUAAGCAAUCGAAACAUAAGAAAAAUGGCCACAUACGAAUUGGAGCUCAAGAACAUUUUUACUUAGAAACAGUUUCAGCGUAUGCUAUAAGGAAAGAAGACGAAUUAGAAGUAAUAUGCAAUUCUCAAAAUCCGGCGGAAGUUGCGCAUACUGUAGGCCAGGUACUCAAUAUACCUAACCAUAAAGUUGUAUCUAAAAUAAAAAGAAUUGGUGGAGGUUUUGGUGGAAAAGAAACAAGGUCUCUUAUACUUGCAUUACCAGUUGCUGUCGCUGCUUAUCGAUUAAAAAAGCCUAUUCGGGGAGUACUAGAUAGAGAUGAGGAUAUGCAAGCAACAGGAUACAGACAUCCAUGUUUAAUUAAGUAUCAAGUGGCAUUUGAUGAUACAGGUAAAAUCAGUGGUGCUAUUUAUGACGUCUACGCAAAUGGAGGGAACUAUUUGGAUAUAUCGCCCUCGAUGUUGGAAAGAGUGAUGACUCAUUUGGAUAAUUGUUGCAAAAUACCAAAUAUCGUUAUAAAUUUGAACCUUUGUAAAACAAAUACUCCUUCAAAUACUGCAUUCAGAGGUUUUGGUGGUCCUCAAGCUAUGUUUGCUACCGAAUCCAUGAUAAGAGAUGUUGCGAAUGCGUUGAAUAAAAGUUAUGAAGAAAUUAUAACUGUCAAUAUGUAUAACGAAGGAGAUUUCACAUAUUAUGACCAAGAGCUAAUACAUUGUACAAUAAAAAGAUGUUGGCAAGAAUGCAUUGAAACAUCCAAUUAUUGGCAAAGGAAGAGCAAAGUACAAGAAUUCAAUAGAAUGAAUCGAUGGAAAAAGAAAGGACUGGCAUUAACACCUACUAAGUAUGGUAUAUCAUUCCAAAUUGACAUGUUGAUGCAAGGUGGAGCUCUAGUGUUGAUAUACUGCGACGGAUCAGUGCUUAUAUCAAUUGGAGGCAUAGAAAUGGGACAGGGGCUUUUCACAAAAAUGAUUCAAGUCGCAUCCAAAGUCUUAGAUAUAGAAGUGUCCAAAAUUCAUAUCAGUGAAAUGUCUACAGAUAAAGUACCGAAUUCUUCACCCACAGCAGCAAGUGUCAGUUCUGAUCUGUACGGAAUGGCCGUAUUAAACGCCUGCAAGACACUUAACGAGCGUUUGGAACCGAUUAAGAAAAGCAAUCCAAAUGGCAAAUGGGAAGACUGGAUCUCUGCAGCAUAUUUAGAAAGAAUAAGUCUUUCUGCAACUGGAUUUUAUGCUUCUCCAAAGAUACAAUUUAAUCCUAAAACGAAUUCUGGCACGCUCUUUGAAUAUUACACGUUUGGCGUGGCAUGUUCUGAGGUUGAAAUUGAUUGCUUGACUGGUGAUCACCAAGUGUUGCGUACGGAUAUUGUCAUGGACAUCGGGGAAAGUCUUAAUCCUGCAAUUGAUAUUGGCCAAAUCGAAGGUGGUUUUAUGCAGGGCUAUGGGCUGUUUACAAUGGAAGAGAUGUUAUAUUCGCCAACGGGAGAGAUUUUGUCGCGUGGCCCAGGCGCUUAUAAGAUUCCAGGGUUCUCUGACAUACCAAAGGAAUUCAACGUUUCAUUGUUGAAAGGUGCUCCCAACCCUCGUGCUGUUUACUCGUCUAAGGCUGUAGGUGAACCUCCCUUAUUCUUGGCGGCGUCUGUGUAUUUCGCUAUAAAAGAAGCCAUCAAAUCUGCUCGUAUGGAUUCUGGAGUCGAUCCUGAAUUUGUUCUCGAAGCUCCCGCCACAUGCGCUCGUAUACGGAUGGCGUGUGAAGAUGAUAUUACAAAACAGGUUAAACCAACUAUCGAAAAUGUUGGACGCCCAUGGAACGUCAUUCCCUAACGCACCGCAGCAUUACAACCUUAGAAUAAUAAUGCCUAGAAUGCCCAACUACGUGCAAGAAUAGUGAGGCAAUUUUAAACUCAACCAAUUUAUCUUAUUCAGCCUUAACGUGUCUUCAGUUGUUAAGGCCAAGCUAGUAAAGGCAUUUGCGACAAUUAAACAUAUUGUGAUUUGUGUUGUUGAAUUGGGUGUCACAAUAAAUCAGUUAAAAAAAAUCGUGUCACGUGUCAGAAGUGAAACUUUUUUGGCAAGAUUUAAAGAUACCAAAGUCGUCGCCUUACUCGAUGACGUGACAGUAUUGCCAUGGCGCGACCUUGAAGUUUUACUCUCAUCAUGCCUAAAGAAGUUUCACUUCAAAAAAGGCUUCUCACAUAAUAAAAUACCUACUUAUUAGUACGUAGUGAUUACGGGUACAUCAAAAAACAAUCUGGUUUACGCCUUACUUUAGAAGAAGCUUGCAUGAAGAUUAACGAUCGAGGCGUUAUUAAACUAAGAUUACAACGCACAUUACUAUAGACACUAGUUAUACGAUUAAAUCUUAAUUUCUAUCUAUAAUUAUAAGUCCUUUAUUGUAUGUCUAUUAUAAAUAGUGCAGUCUUAGCCUUUCCUCUGUUUAAGAAAAUGUUCGAUUCAAACUGCUAAUAAAAUAGUAAUAGUGUUUAAGUGGUUUUUAAACAUAUUCUAAUUUUACUUACACUUGUGUAGUGGGUUUACUUAAUACCUAUGGGAUUACCUUCACUGUAGUCUAUAGUUUUUCAUGCUUAAAAGUACCUAUAUGAAGUGUUAAAAAUUGUAUAAAGAUCUAGCGCAAUAAACACUGCAACAAAGUAAGAACAAAGUAAUGAACUAUCGUAUUACUGGAAUAUUACUGAAUCGAAUAUUACUGGUGAAGAAACCAAUAAUUUUACCUGUAGAAAGUGAAUAUUAAAAUAAACUAACGAAACUUAUAUUAAUUAUUGCGUAAGGGAAUUUAUUAACAAUAUUUUUACCUUAAAUACCUAUCUAUUUAUAUAAUAUCAUAUUUAUAUUGUCUCUCGUCUCUAUAAAACAUACUAUAUAAGAUCCUAUAGGUACCUAUCAUUAGUCUUGCUGAUUGCAAAAUUCAUUAUUAAAUUUUAUAAAAACUUCAGGUUGUAAUCUUAUACAUGGCCCAAUUAAGAAUACUUACAUUUUGCCUUAUUUUGAGUCGAAAUAAAUUGUUGAAUAAUAUAAUAUCUUAUUACUUAGCAAUUUAAAAUAAAUAUAGUCUAAAAAUUAUCUAAAUAGUGAUAUUUAGACAAUUUUACGACUUACAAAGCGAACGUACCUACCGUUUUACGUAAAUAAAAUAUGUAUAUGUACCUAGAAUUUAAGAUUAGGUGUUAAUCGAUUUUUUUUAAAGUACCAAAUAUUCUUUUAAAUUGUUUUUUAAAUAUUACAGUACAUUUUAUAUUGUUAUUAAAUGUAUGUUAGUUUAUUGUUGUACCUACAUUUUUUAAACAUUAAAAUUGUAAAGAAGAACAUGUAGGUACCUACCCUUUUAGGCUUAUAUUCUGUUCUUUUUUACCUAUUAAUAAAAUAUUAAUGAAAUCAAUAA